UUUAGUCGAGAUUCACUACUGUAAGGGCAGCGUUAGUACACAUGGUGGUGGUAGCCUCGAGUACCGAGGCCGAUACCGGAUUAACUCUCCCGCGCAACUACUUUACACGCCAAGACGAGCCGUGACCCGCGGCGGUGGUUUCCCCGAGUGGCGCUGCUUAUCGAUUGCCCUCUCGAGUCGAUCCAACUCUUCGCUUUUCUUCUAUCACUACUCGACACUUCUCGCGCGUUAUUAGGGGCUUUUCUUUAUUUAUACACGGGCCUUCCCCACCCCUCAUGUUCUUCGCGUGCAUGCAUUAGUCUUUUCCAGCAUUCUUUACUUGUCCAUACCCGUCCAUUUCUAUCCGCAUUUUUACCCCCCCACAACCCCGAUGGGCUUUUUCGACCACCUCCAAAAAGGAGGGGCUUUUUCGCUACAGGCGAAGAAGACUCAAGUCCGCAAGGUCGUUCAAACGAAACCAGCUGCCCCGACAAGACCCCCCGCACAAACCCCCGAUUCAAGAUCACCUCGAGACCAGUCCUCGUCAGAACGGAGCCGCAAGACGCACGCGCUCAAAGCCCGAUCGGUUUCGAGUGAUGUCGACGCCCGCCUCUCCAAGCGGCUGACAACCCCCAGUCGCACACGGAAGCGACCGACCCCCGAGACGCGGCUUUCUAGCGACGACGACGAUGUCAGUGACAGUGAUACUUCCUUCGAGAUGCGCAAGCGCGCGCGCACAAGCGCCAGCGCGGAGCCUGAUCCGGAGCGGCGCAUUCGUUCAGUGAAGGCAUUUUCAGACGAAGGACGCCGGCCUUUCAAAAUGGUUCAUGCUGCCGACAUCACAUCUGGCCAGAAGGCGGGCAAAUUCAAGCCGGCAUUUGGCGCCGCGAGCAAGCCGAAGGAGAUUCUUCUCCAGUAUCCCAGUGCUUCACAAAAAGAAAGAUUCGACUCCGUGGUACCCAAAGACAACGACGAUUUUCGGCCCAUCGACGAUAUUGUCCAAGUGAUCGAGACCGUGGUCGACAAUUACAUCCCGAGCGAAGAGGCAGAAGAAUUUCUUGACGAGACAACUGGUAUCAGGCGGAGGCUGCGCCGGGCGUUGGCCGUGACUUCGGAGACACAAUUCCGUGAGGCUGUGGAUGAUUAUAACAAGGCGGUCGAGCGGUUGAGGCUUGGUGGAAGCCUAGCGAAGACUUUGGAUGCCACUCAGCGUAUUAGUCUACCUUGGGUAGAGCGAAUUCUCAACCAGACCUAUGCUCGCACGGUAUCCCCUCGAGUCGAGUCUUUGCGGCAAUAUGAGAAUGGCACGGAUAACGUCUAUGGUGAACUUCUCCCUCGAUUCAUCAGCAACAUCUUCAAAGAGACGAAGUUGAAGUCGGGCCAAGUGUUCGUCGACCUUGGUUCCGGUGUUGGCAACGUUGUCCUGCAGGCAGCACUUGAAAUCGGCUGUGAGAGUUGGGGUUGUGAGAUGAUGGCCAAUGCAUGUGAUUUAGCAGAGUUGCAACAGGCCGAGUUCAAGGCUCGUUGCCGACUUUGGGGGAUCGCACCUGGCAAGACACAUCUUGUCCGAGGUGAUUUCCUCGAGCAGGAGAGCAUCAUCAAUGUCUUGAAGCGGGCCGACGUGGUGCUGAUCAACAACCAGGCAUUCACACCUCAGCUCAACAAUGAGCUGAUCAACCAUUUCCUCGAUAUGAAGGAGGGAUGCAAGAUCGUCUCGCUAAAGUCUUUUGUUCCUGCCGGUCACAAGAUUCAGUCUCGCAAUCUCAACUCUCCUAUCAACCUCCUGAAAGUCCAGCAAAAGAACUAUUGGUCUAACAGCGUCAGCUGGACCGACGUUGGAGGCACAUACUUUAUUGCCACAAAGGAUAGCUCACGCUUGAAGGCUUUCAUGGACGACUCCCCUUGAAUGACGAGGCAACACUCGAUGUGCUCGUCUCUUAGACUCACGAGUUUGGACACCUGAACACUUGUUUAUAUGUGCUUUAGCUCCGUCCUGUACAUUAUCUUCUUCUUUUUUCUCUUGGAUAUAUACCUUGGUUCAUUGCAUGAUGCCAGUUCAAGUUGUACAAAGAUGUUCUUAGAGUCUAUAUUAUGAUAGUAGACAGAUCUUCCUCAAUUAUUCUGAUUCAAUAUACAUCUAUUCGCAGCAAUCUAGGGUAUUGGAAAGAAAGGAUUUGAGACAAAUCUGGUUCGUGCCCGGCGGCUGGCCGAGCUUAGGAAAAUUUGGAUGCAUCGUUCAUGGCGUCGGCUUCUUGGCCCAUCCUGGUCAUCCACCGGUCCACAAGUUCUUUGUUCUCUCGCUGAAGCUCGUUUGACCUCUUCUCAGCCAUAUUGAAUUCGAGAUUGAGCGAUGCCAACUCGGCUUGGAAAUCCUGUAAGAUCCGAAUUAAGCAUGUGUCGUUCUCCACCUGACGUAGAGGCAGAUAGUCUUGCCCCGACUAUACCAUAAGAUCAAAUCACUUACUUCCAAUAGCUUCGUUUUCUCUCGCAGCUCCUCGUCCCUAUCUUUCAGACGUUUGCCAAGAAUGUCUUUCUCGCUUUCCAGUGUUUGAAGGCGUCGGCCAUCUCGGUGGCUUUUCUUACGCAGUUUGUCAAGUUCUAUGUUCAGCCGGUUCAACUGGUCUUGCAAAUCAGUGCGAGACCGUUGCGCCUCGGACAAAUCUGCUCGAGUGGUCUUCAGUAGCUCUGCCAGAGAGGGACCCGGCUCUGAUGAAGGCUGUCUCUUCGGCACCGUCCCAGGUGCGGACGAAAUAGGUUGUGGAGAUUCACCGUGAGCGACCGAUGACCUCCUCCCAGCUGCAGGGGUGGUGCCGAAAUCUAUGGGAGUUGCCAGCUGGGCAGAGCGAUCUGCGAGGCGGGUAUCUAUAGUUGUACGCGAUAUGUCAGUAACAUCAACGGCGAGAUGGGUACCUUCCCGCCAGGCACGAACAGGCAUCGUAGAGCUCAACGUUGGCCUUUUCCCUUUGAUCUCGGACUGCCAACGCAGCCAGAUACUCCUCUCUCCAAUGGGGCAUCGACCCGAGAGGCGAGGGGAGAGGCGAUCGAUGGAUAAGGC